CACAUAGCACUAAGGUUCAUAUGCGAGUAAUUUGCGGAUUCGAAAGUGAGAAGAAGUGAAAAAAUAUUGUUCUGUUCAGAAAGGGGACCUCAUUUGGCAAUUCAAGAUUUAAUUCUAUAUGUUAUGUCUUAAUCAAGUGGCUGAAAAUAGUGCUGAAAUUUGUUUCAUUCGACUCGAACAAAAUUAAAGUUUUUUUCAAUGCUUUUUGAGAUACUGUUGAAAUGGUUUUUGGACUUAGAUUUCUAUUCGAAAUCAAAUCUCAUUUGAGAUAGUAACGUCAGUGAACUUUUUUCGAUUAACUUUACAAAAAAUAUGGUUUGAAGAUUACGAAAGGUACAUUAAUCUGUUGAAUGUGCUAUUCGCUAAAAUUCUCCGUGUUAAUAUAUUCAAUUACUCAUAACUACAAAAACCAAAUUAAUGGAAUUCUGGAAAAAUAUUUUAACCCAGAGAAAUCUAUUAGGAGGCAACAGCAUGGGCCUCUACAAGCAGUAUUUCAGAGUAACAAGACAUGCUAGAGAUAAGAUAUUUGGCAAUCCAAACAACAAUGAUUACCAUCCUCUACAGAUGCUCAUCUCUGAGCAAGGCAAGCUAAGUCACAGACGUUUAGCAGUGGUACUUCUAGGGAUCUUCACAUUAGCCAUCGGAAUAAUUUUAUCAUCAAUACCAUGGCUGGAUUACCUCAUUAUCAAGAAUUUGAGGUUAUGGAACGGAUCUAUCAGUUUUCAGUACUGGCAGAAGCCCGGAGUCGUACGCCUCACGAAAGUCUACAUAUUCAACGUUACCAAUCCUGAUGAAUUCUUGGAAGACGGAGACAAACCUCAACUGCAAGAGAUCGGGCCGUUCGUUUACAGAGAGGAUAUGGAAAAAGUGAACAUCAAGUUUCAUGACAACGGGACGGUCAGUUAUCAACAUAAAAAAAUUCUACAAUUUGUACCUGAAUUAUCUGUUAACAAGGAACAGAAAAUAACCGUACCUAAUAUUCCACUUUUGACUCUUGCGAUGCACUCCAAUACUUUGGGUUUUUUCGUGCAAAAAACCAUAUCGUUGAUAUUGAACAUGGGUAAUUUCAAACCGUUUGUGACGGUUACAGCGGACGAAUUGGUCUUUGGGUAUGACGAUAAGUUGGUGUCUUUAGCCCAUCAGUUUUACCCGAAGAGAAAACGACCGAUGUCUAAGAUGGGACUUUUAAUCAAUAGGAAUGGUACAUUAGAUGAAGUCCAUAAUAUGUAUACAGGAAUGACUGGAAUGCAAGAGUUUGGUUUGUUAGAUAAAGUUAAUGGAAUAAACCGCUUGCCAUAUUGGGAUACUCCACCGUGUAAUACUUUAACAGCCAGUGAAGGAUCUUUCUUUCCCCCUAGGGAUUUGACUAAAUCAGAUAUGAUCUAUUUGUAUGACAAAGAUUUAUGUAGGAUUUUACCCUUGCAGUAUAAGGGUCCUUCUAAUAAACAUGGAAUCAAAGCAGACAUCUAUACACCUCCAGAUAAUAUUUUCGAAACGAUAGACGUUAAUCCAGAUAAUAAAUGCUACUGCCCUGGAAACGAGUUCUGUCCACCUAAAGGACUUCAAAAUAUUAGUCCCUGUCAAUUUGAUGCUCCUGUAUACGUAUCUUUUCCUCAUUUCUUCAAAGCCGAUCCCAGUUUGAGUGAACCAUUCGAAGGCUUAAAUCCUAGUAAAGAAAAGCAUGAAACCUACUUCAAGGUUCAACCGAAAUUGGGAGUACCAAUCGAGGGAAAAGUGAGGGUCCAGUUGAAUUUGAAAGUCGACCAAGCACCCUAUGUGACACCAGUUAAAAACUUUCCUAGCAUGAUCUAUCCGAUCAUGUGGUUAGAAGAGGGUAUUGAUGACUUGACGCCGCCAAUUCGACGCUGGAUCUACCUUGGUACGACGUUCGCCGAAAUUGCUUGCCCCCUAAUGACCUACAGCUUCAUCUUCAUCGGAAGCUGCAUACUCAUCGGGAUGUUCGUGAACGGCUACAAAUCCCUUCUCUUCACAAAACGAACUAUAGAGAUAGGCAUGAAGCAACUACAGAGGAGGAGUGCCGCCUAUAUACACCAUCCUGAACAUUUGAUCAUGAGGCACGAGGCAUACACGCUAAUAGACUUACCUGAGGAGCCUCAAAGAGGCUGAAACGUUGUUCGAAAGUAUCGACUCCGAUUCAAGGUCGAGUGGCAGUUGAAUGAGUGGUAUUUGAGAACGCAUCAAAACAAUUGUUCCUGAUUUCCUAUUUAUAUUCUCAACGAAUUUUUUUUUACUCGAAGGUUGCAAAAAAUUUCUGAGAAAUAAUGUAUAUUCACUUUUAUCGAUAAUCACGCAUGGGAUAUAACCAAGUACACUUUUCCCUGUUACCACUCAAUCUCAGUGGUGAUACUAAGAGGGAACACCACCACGUGCAUGCUCAGUUUAAAACGAAAAAAGAGAUAUUUCUUCUUACAAAUUACCGAUUUUUAUGGGAUUUUCACAUAAUUUCCCG